AUGUUACAUCGUCAACAGCGCCGGCUGGCCAUCAGGCUGAUCCGGGCCUACUGCACGGCGUCGUUCGCGGCGGCCACGGCUCUGGCAGGCCUCCUCCCGGCCGAGUUCCUGGCGAACUCGUACGCUGAAUUUUAUCGGCGUACGAGGGACCCAGACCGGCCCGGGAGCGCCCGCCUAUUACCAAGAGUCGUGGCUAGGCUCAGGAGAGAUGCCCGCCAGGGAGCCAUGGAGGUGUGGCAGGCCUUCUUAAUUGGCUCCAAGGCGGGCAGAUGGACCACCCAGGCCAUCCAACCCUGUCUUCCCGAAUGGGCGGACAGGAGGGGACGCGGAAUCGGGUUCCACCUGACACAGGUACUCACCGGGCACGGUUGCUUCGGUGACUACCUGUGCAGGAUCGAUAAGGAGUAUACGACCAGGUGCCACCACUGCGCGGCCGGUUUGGACUCGGCGCGACACACUCUCGAGGAGUGUGAAGCUUGGAAGGAGGAACGCCGGGUCCUGACCGCUGUGGUUGGCGGGGGACCUCGUCCCUUCCAGCAUUAG